CACGUGGGAUCCCAGCCAAGGAUUAUGGGAGCGCUGUCUGGAUGCAGCAGCUGUAAUUCAGUGUGACAACUUCUGCACAGCACAACAGAUGCCCUGCAGCAUCACCAACCUUCCCUGAGAAAGUUCCUGCUUUGAAUCCAGGGGGAAUCCAGCCUGUCCUCUUGUUUUCUCAGCAAGUUUGGCAAUGGUGAACACAACCGUCUCUUUGCUUUCAUGGAACUCUAAUUUACAGGAGCACUGGAGACAAACCCCACAUUUGAAAACAAGAAGCUUUUGGAGCUUUCUAACCCUUGUUUCCUGUUGGGGUGUGAUAUCAUAAUGCUCAAAUUAAUCACUUAUGAGGAGCAGCUGUGAAUUUCCACUGUACGAAAGCAAAGUCACUGCAGUAGGUGACUCAAUUCCACGUUUGAUGCUGUCCAAGCAAAGUGGGAAAAAAGCAGUGGGCACCUGGUAUCAAUUUUAUGAUUGGGUUUUUCCCUAUUAGAAUGGGAAUUUUGUGAAGACUCAAUUAAAAGGAGUGUCCUCCUGUUCUGCUGUCACCCACCAGACUGAGCUGCACACGAACGCCAGCAUGCUGCCAUACAUCCUCUUCUCUUGUUUGCUGCUCUGUGUGCAAGCACAGAACUGCAGCGUCCGUGAAAUCAUCCGGCAUACAAAACUCCUGCUUCAGGAAAGUCCUCUGAGUUGCCCCUGUAGGGAGACAGCUGUCAAUUCAUGUUCCUGUCUUCCCAUUGCUGAGCCUGGCCACGAACUGCCAUGCUUUGUGGAAGGAACUGAACACAUGCUGAAACACAACAUCUCUUCCAAUGCAGUAGUUGAAAGGCUUAACCUAAGCUUUCAGAUUCAACUGGACAGAAAGCUCUGUAAAAGCCUGGCGCACAGGACUCAAUGCCAGUACAAGAUCAAAGGAAAUGUGAAGGAAUUUUUGACUAAAAUCCUGAGGACCUAUCAAGAAAUCAAUAUACAUAAUUUAAAACAGCUUAAAAAAAAACCCAUAAUUCUUUGAUAAGAAAGGGGAACAGAAAAGUUAUUUAUUGUAUUUAUUGUUCACCUGAACUAUACAAGGUAGAAAUACCAACUGCUAAACCAGUAAAACUGCUAUUUACCUGAGCAACAAAAGUAUUCAG